CCAAGAUAUAUUCGACGCGAGUCUGUAUGGCCCGCAGCUUUUUCAGCUUGUUGCGAAAACGGAUGUGCCUGCUGUAACAGGCCCAUGUCUGAAAACCCAGACAGACGGUCACAUUUGUACAGAAAGUCAGCCACACUAGACUACGUCGGCUUAGUCUGAGCAGCAGCGGCAUAGCAAGAUGGAGUGUGAGUGGAAGCCAGACGAGCAAGGACUUCAACAGAUUUUACAGCUGCUGAAAGAGUCUCAGUCGCCAGAUACGUCCACACAGAGAUCCGUCCAGCAAAGACUUGAGCAGCUGAACCAGUAUCCAGACUUCAACAACUACUUGAUAUUUGUUUUGACAAAGUUGAAAUCGGAAGAUGAGCCUACAAGGUCUCUGAGUGGGCUGAUACUGAAGAACAAUGUGAAAGCCCACUAUCAGAACUUCCCUAAUGGCGUGUCUGAUUUCAUCAAGAGCGAGUGCCUCCAAAACAUUGGAGACUCAUCUCCCCUCAUCCGGGCCACUGUGGGCAUCCUCAUCACUACCAUUGCCUCCAAGGGAGAGCUACAGAACUGGCCGGAGCUUCUGCCUAAACUCUGCCUGCUGUUGGAUUCUGAGGACUACAACACAUGUGAGGGAGCGUUUGGAGCCCUGCAGAAGAUCUGUGAGGACUCUGCUGAGAUCCUGGACAGUGACAUGCUGGAUCGUCCUCUGAACAUCAUGAUCCCCAAGUUCUUGCAGUUUUUCAAGCACAACAGUCCUAAGAUUAGGUCUCAUGCCAUCGCGUGUGUCAAUCAGUUCAUCAUCAGCAGGACUCAGGCUCUUAUGCUGCACAUCGACCCUUUCAUUGAGAACCUGUUUGCACUGGCAACAGAUGAGGAACCAGAGGUGAGAAAGAAUGUGUGCAGAGCUCUAGUCAUGCUGCUUGAAGUUCGCCUGGACCGCCUCCUGCCACACAUGCAUAACAUCAUAGAGUACAUGCUGCAGAGGACUCAGGACCAAGAUGAAAAUGUUGCAUUGGAGGCCUGUGAGUUCUGGCUUACUCUGGCAGAGCAGCCAGUGUGUAAGGAAGUGCUGUGUGGACACCUGUCCCAGCUCACUCCGGUGCUUGUCAACGGGAUGAAGUACUCUGAGAUUGACAUUAUUUUGCUCAAGGGGGACAUUGAGGAAGACGAGGCCAUUCCAGACAACGAGCAAGACAUCAGGCCACGCUUCCAUCGCUCCCGCACAGUCGCUCAGCAGCAUGAGGGUGAUGGGAUCGAGGAAGAGGAAGAUGAGGAUGAUGAACUGGAUGAUGAUGAUGAUACCAUCUCUGAUUGGAACCUGCGCAAGUGUUCAGCUGCAGCACUGGAUGUGUUGGCCAAUGUGUUCAGGGACGAGCUGCUGCUGCACAUUCUGCCCCUACUCAAAGAGCUGCUCUUCCAUCCAGAGUGGGUAGUUAAAGAGUCUGGCAUCCUUGUGCUGGGAGCUAUAGCUGAAGGCUGCAUGCAGGGCAUGAUCCCAUACCUGCCUGAGCUCAUUCCUCAUCUCGUCCAGUGUUUGUCUGACAAGAAGGCCCUGGUGCGUUCCAUCACCUGCUGGACACUAAGCCGCUAUGCCCACUGGGUUGUCAGCCAACCCCCAGAUAUUUACCUGAAGCCUCUAAUGACAGAGCUGCUCAAACGUAUUCUGGAUAGCAACAAACGUGUGCAGGAGGCCGCUUGCAGUGCCUUUGCCACUUUAGAGGAGGAGGCUUGCACAGAGCUGGUGCCCUACCUGGCUUUCAUCCUGGACACGCUGGUGUUUGCUUUCAGCAAGUACCAACACAAAAAUCUGCUCAUUCUUUACGAUGCCAUAGGAACACUUGCAGACUCAGUGGGACACCAUCUCAAUAAACCGGAAUACAUCCAGAUGUUGAUGCCUCCCCUGAUCCAGAAGUGGAACCAGCUGAAAGAUGAAGACAAAGAUCUAUUUCCUUUAUUAGAAUGUCUGUCGUCUGUAGCCACUGCCCUGCAGAGUGGCUUUCUGCCCUACUGUGAGCCUGUGUACCAGCGCUGUGUCAACCUGGUCCAGAAGACCCUUGCUCAGGCCAUGCUUCAUCAGUCACAGCCAGACCAGUAUGAGGCUCCUGACAAAGACUUCAUGAUUGUGGCUUUGGAUCUCCUCAGCGGACUGGCUGAGGGUUUGGGAGGCACCAUCGAGCAGCUGGUGGCUCGUAGCAACAUCCUCACCCUCAUGUACCAGUGCAUGCAGGACAAAAUGCCAGAAGUGCGUCAGAGUUCUUUUGCUCUGCUUGGGGAUCUGACCAAGGCUUGUUUCCAACAUGUCAAACCCUGCAUCGCUGAUUUCAUGCCCAUACUGGGUACUAAUUUAAACCCGGAAUUAAUAUCAGUAUGCAACAAUGCAACAUGGGCAAUUGGAGAGAUAUCUAUACAAAUGGGGCCUGAAAUGCAGCCGUACAUUGCCAUGGUGCUGCACCAGCUGGUGGAGAUCAUUAACAGGCCUAAUACCCCAAAGACUCUUCUGGAGAACACAGCAAUAACAAUUGGUCGUCUUGGUUACGUUUGUCCUCAAGAGGUGGCACCCAUGCUACAGCAGUUUAUAAGACCCUGGUGCACCUCUCUACGAAAUAUAAGAGACAAUGAGGAGAAAGACUCUGCGUUCAGAGGAAUUUGCACUAUGAUCAGUGUGAAUCCGGGAGGUGUCGUGCAGGAUUUUAUAUUCUUCUGUGAUGCAGUGGCCUCCUGGGUAAAUCCAAAGGAUGAUCUCCGAGACAUGUUCUACAAGAUCCUUCACGGGUUUAAGAACCAGGUGGGAGAGGACAACUGGAGGCGCUUCUCAGAUCAGUUUCCCAUACCACUGAAGGAACGGCUGGCAACCUUUUACGGGGUCUAACUGUUUCCACAGCAGUGUGCCUCAUCACUGAGGUCAUUCACUAUGGGAGACAAUAUAGGGAACCUCUUUUACCCAGGGAACAUGUUACCCUUUACAAGGGGGGAAGGGUCUGCCUGCUGAGGGGAGGGAAGGGGUGCAAUCCCCUCCCCGACCUGACGGACGGGGUGGGAGGGAGGUGGUAGCUGCGGUGCUCACUGCCCCCCAUGCACAGGCAAGGGGGGGAAAGGGGGCUGGCAGAACAACCUUAUCGUGGGAGGAAAAUUCAUCUAAUCACAUUUCAACCAGAAAUAAUGAAAUCAAUCACUCUUUUUUUUCUUUUCUCUCCGUUUAGUCCCAAGACAUCUUGUUUUCUGCUAGCUGAAAAACUGUCUAGAACUGUACGCAAACAUGGAAAGAAAAACUUUGCAAAACCCUGUAAAGCAUUUGUUCUUUCAUUUUGGUAAGGCAGGGGGGUUUGCACAUACUGAAAUGUUUGUGCAGAAAGUGGUUUUCAGAGCAGAUACACAUUUAUGAUCGUGUCAGUCAGCUAAAUGGCAUGUGGUGAACUCUAAGUAAAGUUAGAAGAAGUUAUUGAAGGUUCAUUAAGAGAUUUUGUUCGUUUUUGUUAAAUUAUAAGGAUAGCUUCAAACUAAGGAAUAGCAGCUGACGCUAAGAAGGCAUCAUAUUGGAUUUGAAUCUGGAGAAUAGGAUUUUAUUACACUGCAUAUCAUCAAGAAUAAUGAUCACCUAUAGUUUUCAGAUUUUUUUUCCAGUAUUCCUAUUCUUGAGCAGGGCAAAGGCUGUUAUGUCACUGGAGAGCACAAGAUUUACAUUUUAAGAGCAGCUUUUCUGGGAAUAGGUAGCAUGCUUGUAUCAUUGUGAAAAGCUGUGGAACAUUAGUGAUGUGCAUCAUGUUGACAGCCAUCGUUGCCCUGUGAUAAGGUUCUCCUUUGACCUUGUGAUUUAUCUAUUUACAGUACUUUUGUUUCCUCUACGAGAGAAUUACAGCAAUCAGCUGUAAUGUAGCAUGACUGGGUUUACACGCCAAGUUUAGGAAAUGUGUAAAAUCUUGGAUGUGACGUACCGUUGGAGUGAAUCUCCCUGUUUGGUCUUGUGGUGUGUGAAUGUUGAUGUUCAUCAGCAAACGCGGCAAAGCUUUAAAUGCUUGCAGUUCUUUGUGUUGUCUGAGCCUCGCGAAGGAAGAAUGAAGGAGACGAUCGAAAGAGACACCACAACGACACAAAUCCUGUCUUAGUGAUUUUUGUGACUUUGGCUGUCAGAACCAUGCAGUCCAUCAAAUGAAUGUUAAAUAUGUUUAUUUCUCAAUGUACUGAAGUUUUUGGGUUUGUUUGGGGUUUUUUUUCUUUCCUUUUUUGGAUGUUUGGCUUCUUGUGCUAAAAGCAUGAUCUCGAGGAUGACUGUAUAAUGUUCUGGUUGGUUGUGUUUUGUGGGGUGCUUGGAUGCUUUCAUCUCUUGCAUGUUGGUGGCCCCUCACAGCCCAACAUAAGUGGGAUUAACGGGAGGGAGGGGAGCUUCAAUUUGACAUUUAAAAAGUACAUAGUAAACAUUUAUGUAUUGCAACACUGGGACUUUUACUUCACAUCUUCUUGCUGGAGUGUUCCCCUUAAACUUUUACCCCAUAGCUGGAUGUAUAGUUUUUCAAUACUGUGAAACUACAGCAUUAUUGUCUCUGCUUGUUUUGCGCUGUUAUAUUUAAUUAAGCGUGUAAGUGUUUAAGUUACAGAUAGCCUGAGUGUAUUCCAUGAUUGUUUGGUGAGAUUUUUUUGUUUUGUAGUCUUGAUGCCCAGCCAGUCAUUUUUUCCUCUGCUGGCCAGAGUAAUAACUGCAGUAUUUUAACCCUUUGUGAUGCACAAUGCACUUAAAACUUCAAUUGCAAGUGCUUAAAAUUAAUGAUGUAGCCAAACCCUUCAGAAUAUGACCUUAGUUUUAACGCAGAUCGUAAAUGAAAUAAUGCUGCUAAAAUGUAAUCACCUAAUGCAAUAUGUAUCUUGAUGCAAUGGGAAUAUUAGAUUGUGAAAGUAGUUUAAUGUCUUAGAACUCUCACAACUUGAAGUAUGUAACUGAUCUCUUAGAUUUAACAUUAAUAAGGUAAAUUAAAAAAAAAAAGUGGUGAAUUUAAUGCAUCAUGGAAUACAGAGGCAAAGACUUGUUUGUGCCACCUCAUUUUGUGUUUCGAAGUGAUUUUUUGUCUGUCACAUUCCAGCUGUUUUGGCAUGCAAAAAAUGGAGUAAUCAAGGCUUGUUGGGGUGUGUGUGUAUGUGUGUACAUGGUCCUGUUGUUCUUUCAUUGAAAGAGUGUAGGUCUGUAAAACACAUGUGAAACAAUCCCCACCAUUUCUGUGCUGUGUUUCUGACUCGACUGCUGCUAUAUACAUUGUAGUUGUGUUUCACUACUUGAAUAUGUGUUUGGUAUGUGUUAACCUCAGGUCGUCUGUGUUCAGUGUUAUUCGUUAUCAUUUCCCCAAUGUGUAUGCCUUUUACACAUCUCCUCUCAACAACUAAAGAUUAGUAAAACUCUUGCCCGUCAUUGUAGACUUGGAUAACCAUGGGUGUUAAUUGACAUUAAUGUUAUACGUGCGCAACACUGCUAGCUGUCAGAUGUGAUUACAGUUGCAAGGCAGGGGUGAAAAUAAAAUGGUAACUUGCACAUACUUCAUGUGCUCUUUGUCAAGUGAUUGUCAUGAGACUACGCUAAAUAAUUAGUGCAAUGUGUACACAAUGCCUUGAGAGGAAAUACUUUGAGGUUUUGUUGGUGUUUUGCAAUAGAUAUACAGUAUACUGUAUCUAAACAAACAGGUAACUUCUAAUUUAAAAGCAGAGAAAUAGGUUAAUGACUUAAUGACAUAAACAUAUUGUUACAAACAUGUUUGACUUUCUACAAAGCUUUAUUGAAAAUUUGUAUUUUAUAAAGCACCCACCAAUAUUAAGGAAUGUCUAGUCAAAGAUCUCCUGUAUUCUCAUUUAGCCUUCAAACUUGAUUAGACUAUCUGCCUUCAUCUUUUUUGCGAGUAAAAGCAAAAACAUCAUUUUGAUAGACUUUUUUUUUUUUUUUUUUUUUUUAAAUAAGCUGCUGAAUUUUGAAAAAAGUAAUACUUUUGGGGCCACCAAAUAUUUUGGAUCAUGCAAAGAAUCUAUAUUGUACUGUAGUAAUUUUGUAAUAUUUGUAAGAUGAUAUAGUGGAUGUGACUGGUUACCAUUGCUUGAAUCUGUACAUUGUUCCAAUAAAUUGUUUACAUUA